AUAUUUCAUUUAUUGUUGUUUGGGGCCUACUUUCAUUUUGUUAAAUUGCUGUUACUCUACUCUUUAUACUGCUAAAUGCUACAUGUUACGGAUUUUUGUUGCUGCUACGAUUAUUUUAUGUUUCAGUAAAGCUAUAACCAUAGUUGGAGAACCAGAUUAUACAAAGAUACUGUAUGGUGGAGUUUUACCUCUAGACGAAUCAGAAGACUCAGCUGAUGAGAACAAACAUAUAAUUCAAUUUGCAGUGUCCUUUGCGAGAAGAAGAUAUAACUUAUGUGAAAUAUCAGAGAAAGAAUUUAAAAGAGUUUCCACAAUAAGAAAACUGACUCUGUAUUUCACAUACAAUGAGGAGGUUCCUUACAUAGUCAAUAACUCUGGCACACUGCAAGCUUUCAACUUUGGAAAACUCCACACAUUUUCUUUUCAAUGGAGCUGUGGAGGAAAUGCCAGCAUUCACAAUUUUACCAUAGCGACAUAUCCUAUGGGUACACAUCAUGUAUAUUCCCAUACUUAUGUGAGAGUCAUGAAGAUUGACAGCUUUAAUGUCUCCCUGGAUUCUAAAUAUGCUGACAGUGAAACUAAACAACAGAUAGAAGAACCUUGGUGCAGAGAGACAUGGAUUCCAUCAGAUAUGUUGUUGUCCCUACACAGCAAGUCCUGCAGAGUGAACUGUACAAGUUCAAUCAGUGUCAUGACAUACAAUAUUUGGAAUACAAACACUUUUACAAAAGAUGAUAAACAAUAUCCUGCUAGAUUUAAACUUCUUGAAAAGGUCUUGUUGGAUGAACUUCCAGAUAUCAUCACAUUUCAAGAAGUACGAUAUGAGCAUUUCAAGGGAGGUAAUUUAGGACCAAGCCAGAUGAAACACCUCUCAGACAUAUUGAAAAGUUACCAGUUUGUGUAUGCACCAGCUCAACUAGACAUCAACAGUGUGUACAAGGGGAAAACAGAGGAAGGAGUUGCAGUGUUCUCCAGAUUCCCCGUCAUCAAAUACAACAGCUUUCUUUUGUUCAGAAACCGCAGUAACAGUGCUGAUGUUAAUCAAAGAGUGUGUCUCCAUGUCCAGAUCCUGCACCCUGAACAUGGACUGGUUCACAUUUUGACCACCCAUCUGUCACUGAGUCAUGAAGCGAGGGAGGAGUCUGUGGUCCAGAUCUGGAGGUACAUCAAGGGGUUGCGGGGCCCAGUCCUCCUGACGGGGGACUUUAAUGCAGAACUCCAAGAAAAAGCAAUAAGAUUUUUGCGGGGUGAGGUUCCCCUGAAAGGAGAAAGAACCUGUGGUGUAUCUGACCUCUGGACCAAUGUUUAUCCCCUGUCCCCUGGCUUCACAUUUGACUGUGUCUCAGGAGACUUGGUCAAAAGGAUUGACUUAAUCUUUUGGCGGAAUUUUCCUGGUAAUCUGCAAAUCAAAGACAUAAGAAUUAUCCAGUCAAAAGGAAAAGGGUCGAAGGCAGCAUCUGAUCACCUUCCUGUUGUUGCCAUGUUUUGUUAAUUAUUACCAUAAGAUUAUAGUUUUGUAAUUGCAAAUACACUUUUGACCUACAUGAAUAUCAGUGUGUGUAGUGUGUAAGUUUUCAGUAUUAUGUAAUAUUUUAAAUAUGUAAUUUUUUAUGCAGAAAAAUCUAGUCAAACCUGGAAUUUUUUCCAAAUUUAUUUAUUAAAUGAAUUACCAUU